GCUCUACUUUCGAGUCGCGCGGACGUAUGACCUUCAACGAUUUUUCCUGAAAAUAUAACUCGAUAUCGUUUUAGCCCGAACUGAAUCUUUUCGAGUAACAUUAUAGUGUUGUGUUUAUAUAAUAUAGUGACCUCAGUUUCUGUGACAAUUACUCAGUGACAAUUGGUUUAGUUCUGUGUGCGCGGGAACUGUGUUCAUUCCCAGUAGCUGCAGCUAAUGGAUCCUAAUAAGACGAGUUGAAGUCCACCGUGAAACAUGACGCGAGCGGCCAUUGCGUUUUGGCGCGAAAUGCCAAUCGCUGUCACGUUUGUUAUCGUGGCUUUGGCAUACGUCGUUUCAGCCAGAGACAUUGUUUUAGAUGAUACAUACACAGUAAUAGAAGCAUCGACAAAUGAAAGACUGCGUCUUAUAUGCGGAUUGAAGCCGAGGAAUCAGAUACCGACAGUACGAUGGUUUUUAGACGGAAAACCGGUGGACGGCCAGUCGAGACAGCGAAUGAUGCAACAGAAACAAUGGCUAAGAAUAAAGUCAUUCCGGGCGAAAGAUGCUGGAGUGUAUACGUGCCAAAAUGAAGAUGACAAAAGCAAGGAAAUGAGUGUCACAAUUAAACAUAAGCCAGAUCUCGGUCCUGACAACAUCGAGGAAUAUCAAUCAGAUGUGGACGUUCUAAGACCGAUGCCUGAAAUACUAGCACAACAUUCAGCUCCUCUCGUUGAUAAUAAUACAAUUGAUGAUAACACGACAGAUCAAAGACAUAAAGAAUAUGAUAACACAAAAGACGACGACCUCGAUGAUAAAAAUGAAAAAGAUCAUCUUAAUUAUGGACACGUUGAUGACACAAAAUCGAAAUACGCGCCAAAGUUUAAGCAUCCCUCGAAAAUGUAUAAUAUGGAAAUGAAACCAGCGGGAAGUUCGAUUCGUUUUAAAUGCGCUGCUGAAGGUAAUCCAAUGCCGAAUAUCACAUGGUACAAAAAUAGUGGUACUCCUAUAUCAAGAAGUUAUUUUAAACCAUCAUACGGUAAAUGGUCUAUGGCACUCGAUGAACUCACGAAAGCAGACAAUGGAAACUACACGUGCAAAGUUUGCAGUGAAUUGGGGUGUAUUCAACACACAUACACACUACACAUACAAGAGCGUCUAUACGCGAAGCCUGUGCUAACACAAGCGGCCGUCAAUCAGACCAAGUUGGUCGGUGAAACGGCUAGAUUCAGCUGCGAAUUCCUAACAGAUCUUCAUCCGUCCCUUUACUGGAUGUAUUUCACGAAACAUGAGUACAUAUAUAACGAGACUACCACAGACGCUUCGACUAAAGAGUCCGUUGUAUACAAAGACGUUACAAAGAUAGUUACGAGCGAAAAUCCUGAAGAUAAACCAGAACAGCUGACGAUAUACAAUGUGACUAAAGAAGAUGAAGGCUGGUAUGUCUGUGUUGCUCUAAAUACACUUGGAAACACCACGGCUAAAGGAUACUUGACUGUUUUAGAUUCGUUGCCGAUAACAGAAGCAUUAGAUCAUGGAAAACAUACAGUACUUAUUAAUGUUCUGACCGCGGUGCUGGGUGCGAUGUUCUUUGUUGCCGCUAUUAUCGUGGUAAUGAUAUUUAAAAAAUUGAGACAAGAGAAAGAGAAGAAACAAUUAGCGAUAGAAACGGCAAGAGCAGUUAUAGUGACGCAUUGGACGAAGAAGGUAACUGUGGAGAAGCCGCAAAUGAACGGAACACCGAAUGCUGCUGGAGAAGGAUUGUUAAUGCCAGUGGUAAAGAUCGAAAAACAGAAGCUGUCACAAGUCCAAGGCAAUACAUGUGAUUCAAUGAUGAUGUCAGAGUACGAGUUGCCAGUUGAUAUAGAUUGGGAGGUUCCCAGAGAGUCUCUAUGUAUUGGGAAGAUCUUAGGAGAAGGAGAAUUUGGAAAGGUCGUGAAGGCGGAAUGUGUAGGAAUACUGAAACCAGGAUUACAGUCUGUCGUGGCCGUCAAGAUGUUGAAAGAGGGCCACACAGACGCAGAGAUGAUGGCGUUAGUAUCUGAAAUGGAAAUGAUGAAGAUGAUAGGGAAACACGUAAACAUCAUCAAUUUGUUAGGAUGUUGCACACAAGACGGACCUUUAUACGUCAUAGUGGAAUAUGCACCUAAUGGCAAUCUAAGAGAGUUUCUUAGAAACCAUCGACCUGGAAACAGAUACGAAUCUACUACUGAAGAUACGAAAGAAAAGAAAACAUUAACACAAAAAGAUCUUGUAUCAUUCUCCUACCAAGUUGCGAGGGGAAUGGAGUACUUGGCGUCCAGGCGGUGUAUCCAUCGUGACUUAGCAGCUCGUAACGUGCUGGUGUCAGACGAUUGUGUACUCAAAAUCGCAGAUUUCGGUCUCGCGAAGGACGUCCACAGCAACGACUACUAUCGCAAGAAAACAGAAGGCAGACUGCCUGUUCGGUGGAUGGCUCCUGAGUCGUUGUAUCACAAAGUCUUCACAACUCAGACUGACGUCUGGUCGUUUGGUGUGUUGUUGUGGGAGAUCAUGACCCUGGGCGGAACUCCGUACCCAACGGUCCCGGGACAGUACAUGUACCAGCACCUCAGCGCUGGACAUCGGAUGGAGAAACCACCGUGUUGUAGUCUUGAAAUAUACAUGUUGAUGCGAGAGUGCUGGUCCUUCUCUCCUGGCGACCGACCAUCAUUCACAGAGUUGGUCGAGGAUUUGGACAAAAUAUUGACGGUAACCGCUAACCAGGAAUACUUGGACUUGGGUCUACCACAGCUUGAUACCCCACCAUCUAGCUACGACGGCUCUGGUGAUGAAAGUGAUAGUGAAUUUCCAUUCAUUAAAUAAAAUUUAGAUUGACAUUUAGCUGAAGAUUCCAUCAUAUUGGAAGAGAUGUGACGUGAUUUACUAUGAGAAAAUCUGUAGAUUUUCUUUUACUAACAUAUUGGAUUGUCGAAUUCUGUCAAAAGAUGAACGACGUAUGUACGUACGAAAUGAAUAAAUCAAUGGAUUUGCGAGGACAAUUUCAAGGGAUACUUUGAUGAGCAAUUAUAUUUCAGAAUUGUUGAAUUUACGAGGACUUAAACGAUUUGCGAAAAUGGUGUUUCAUAUUUUGAUAUCUUAUUUUUUUUUAAAUACAAUAUUGAAUGUGAUGAAUAUAACGGUCUUCAAUCGUGUGACGACAUAUUGAAGUGACAGUGUCAAGUGAUGAAAAUUGAUAUGCGAUGACAUUUAAGAAUGACAACUUUGGCAGUAUUUAAAAUGAUGAUACUCAUUAAUGAUGAGAUUAGUGGCAUUUUAGUUGUCUAACGAGAAUUUAGGAAUUUCAAUAUUUCCCACCUUAGUUUAGUAGGCUUAGUAAAAAUUUGGAAUUAUUAUGGCUACGAUUUUUACUUUUAAACAUAAGAUAGAUUAUGAGGUAAUCGUUUAGUAAAUUUUUUAUCGUAUUUAUUAUUGUCGACUGUCAAAUGCAAUUUUAGUUAUUUAUGAGGAAUAUUUAAAUAUGGACAUGCUUUUGUAAUAUUUUAUUAAUUUAGUUUGAAUUUUUGUUGUUUUUUAAGUUUUCGUAUUAAAUCGGUAGAAAUUCUGUUUCGCUCUAUAUGUUUCGAAUUAUUCUUAUUUAUUUCUUUAUUUUAUUUAAGUACCAAAUAUGUAUGAGUAUUUCGUAAUAUUUUAUAUUUUGUAAAUAUAUUUUUUUAAGCUUUCUCAGAGAAUAUUUUGUAUAGCUAUAAUAAUAUUUUAGUACCAAAGUUUGUCUAUGAAUCAAUGUAUUAUAUGAAAGUAUUAUUGAAUAUUAUUUUAACUCAAACUUUUGUUAAAUAAAAAUCUUCGACUGACUGACGUUUUUGUCAUGUAUUUAAGAGCGUAGUCCAGAUUUUAAUGAAUUCUAAAUACUGAAAAAAAAAACAAUUAUAAAAUGAUUAUCAAAAAUCUAGUCCCAAAUUUUUUGAUAAAGCUAUCAUUUUUAGUUAGAUAAAACUUUACCAUUGAUAUUUUUCAGUUGUACUUAAUUAGAAUUUUAAGAAAUAAAAUGAACAAUUGUAAAUAUUGUUACUACUAUUUUUAAUUACAGCUUGUCAAGUCACGUGUCAUCAACGAAAAAAAAAAUUUGCAAUAAGCUGAGUCUCUAAUGCGAAAUGUUCCUAUUUUAAUGCAUGUUAUUUCCUUAAAUAAUUAUUUUAAAAUUCAAAGUUUUCUUUUAUAACUUUUUCGGCCAAAAUGUAUCUAAAUAUAUUAUUAAAAAAAUGACGAAGCUGUACCGUAGAUUAAAAACAUUUUAAUUAAAUAAAACAAAAUGAAUUGAUUGUAAAUACAUUUUUUUUUUAUCAUUAAAGCAAAUGACAUGUUUAAUCGAUGUUUCGCAAAUGUUUGUAUAUUUGAUUAU